AAAAGGAUUGCCUGUGAGUCAUCUGUUAUGCCAAACAGUGAUAGUGCUUCUUCCAGUACUCACAAAUCACCGUAUAUUCAAGAAAACCGAAUCGGAGAUGACCCCAUUACACAGAUUACUAGAACUGUAUCUAAUUUUGCAGAAGAAACACCAAGUUCUGUUACGAGGAAUGGAAAUGAUCAGAGUGCCAGCAGAAAUUGGCAGUUAACACCACUUGAGGAUGUACCAUUAAACAGAAGUCUUACUCCUUUAAGUGGUAUUACAAGAACGGUGUUAAAUGCAAAUGCAGAGAGAACACAUAGUCAUAAAGCUGGUGAGAGAAAUCAUAGGCUCCGCAGCUUCCGAGAGGAAGAGGAGGAAGAAGAGAAAAUGCUGGAGGAGGAGGAAGAGGAGGAGGAGGAGGAGGAGGAGGAGGGUAGUGGUAGUGAUGGUGAUCGUGACAUUCAUGAUAAUGAUGAAGAAAGAGAGGAAGGAGAAAGCAGCAUUCACAACAAUGACCAACGAGAGAAGGCCGUUGAGACAAGAAGUGUUGAACAUGAAGUCGAUAUAAACACGGACCAACAGUCAGCAGAUGAAUGUAUUGGUAAUAUUGAAUGCACCAAAGACGCUAAAAGUAAACAUGCUGAUGAAAAAGAAGCACAGCAGCAAACCGAUUUACCUGAAUAUAACUCUGAUGUUCCGGUAGGCAGGUCGCUUCUAAAGUGGACUCUGGGGCUGAGAUGUAGAAUGUGUCAUAAAUUUUUCCUGGAGUAUGAACAAGCAGAACAACAUUGCCAGACUCUUGAACAUUAUAACAAUUAUGUGAAAAGACUCAGUGAGCUGCAAUGUGCAUUAAAUAUUGAUCCAAUGGAUGGACCAAAGGCUCUGGAGCUUGAUAGAUUAUUAGAAGAUGAACCUCCAUCAAAUAUACCACCAGAAAGUUCCUAUCUCAGUGAGUUGUGUAGUGGUCUUAUGUGAAAUAAAGUGAUAUAAUUGUGAAUAAAGUAAAGUCAAAUUUAAAAAGGAAAGAGAAUUUAAUUUGUCUGAACAAAACUAAACAUUUAUGUGACUCAGUGAAACUUCUGAGGCUGUCUGAUUACAUGCAUGGUUUGUAUUUCUAGAGUGUUGUUAGUUGAUUUCAGCCCAGAACAUAACAAACUGUGUUGCAUAAGUGAUUGAUUUGCUCACAGUUCAUUAAUGUUGCUGGAAACAGAUUUCAGUGGGUGGCAUAUCUAGAAAACUUUACUCUUUUUGGCAAAAAGUGGAAAGUCAGUAUAAGAAAUUUGCAUUGUCUGAAAUAGAUAUUUUUCACCAUGGGUAUCUAGUAUGUGCAAUGUAUCUA